UAUAAACAGCCAAAAAAGAUUAUAAGAGCCUGCUACAAGUUUAACUUCACUAGUUACCGUCAUAAAAUUAAAAUGAUAAAACACAAAAUACAAUAAUGUGUAAACUAACCGCAUUCUGGCAUAUGUUACGUUGUAAAACGUAACCAAGCAAUGAAGACGCCACUAAUUGCCAUGGUGAUGGAACGUAGCCGUACGGUGUUGUCGUAGCCUCGAGUUUAGCACAGUUACACAAGGUAAACCUCAUAUUUUAGAUUCAAAACAUACAAUUAUCAAAGCAUCGCGGCAUGACGUUAUGGAUUUGGGUCGAGAGGAAACAGGUGCUGCCGCUCUGGACGUUUCUGGGCUGAGGUUCAACAGUGUGGCGUUGGACGAAUUGAGUGAGGAGCUCAAGAGGUGCUCAGAGGAAACCCAGAGGCUUCAGGAGGAGGUGGAACAUGCAACCAAAUCCGCUUUGGAGAAGAUUGGCUAUGUAUCCAAACACUUUUAUCAAUCUUUGGAUGAUUCAUCUCACCAGCAGAGUCAGAGGGACGUCAGGCUCACCAUAAAGGCCCAGGACACAGCACAUCUUCAACAUUUUUCUGAUGAUGUCAUGCAUCUUUGUGAGAUGUGUAAUCCACAUGAUCAAGACAAGACAGCGUCAACCCUGCAGACCAGACUGCAGCGAGUCCAGAUUGAGAGGGACAUCUUAUCUGAUCUCAGAGUGACUGAUUUGAGGAGACACGUCGAUCAGACGGAAAAGAUGCUGCGUCUGCUGGAGGAGCUCCAGGUUAUCAAGAGGUCAGGUGACGUGAAUCUGCAGGAAGCCCAGCAUGAGACCUUUGCGUUGAGCAAAAAAUUGGAGGCACUGGAGGGCACCGUAAAGGACUUGAGCCAAACCUUGCUGCCCUAUGAAAAAACACACAUCACACAUCAUAGUUCUAUCACAGCUGCGACUUUCCACUGUCUCAAUGAUCAACCACAGGAAACGUCUGUUUUGCCAGUAGAACACAAAAAGCAUAGAGACCCCAGUGAAGGGCUGAAUGACAGAAUGGAUGAACUGAUUGCAAGUCUUGACCAGGAGGUGGCAAUGUUGAACCAUAAACUGAACUCAUCUCAAGACAGCGGAGUUCGCGUCAGUACCAAGCUGGAACUACUAAGGAGGUCGUUGCAGCAGCAGUUGAAAACAGGUGACCUGAAGUUUUAUAGGCCCCAGGAGGAGGUGCAAAACCCAGGAGGAGAAAGGGAACAAUCCCAGCCAGAGCAACCUUCUCGGCUAGAAGAAGCUCAGAGAGACCGUGGGACUCCUCUCACUGGAAAAGAGAGCCUGAGGCUUGAACUAGAGGAUCGAGACAAGCUGGUUGAGAUGCUCGGCUGUCAGCUGAAAAAGAGCGAUCAGACCAUCAGUGGCCUUCACCAGGAGAACGCCCUCCUGAGGAUCCAGACAAAGCAGCUCGAGGUUGGGCACCUUGAGAGCUUAGAGAAGCAGCAACUUGCCAUCACUGAGGACCUCCACAGCUGUGCCUGCGAUGAGUACCGCGGCGCCGUGCUGAGGCUUCGGGGCGAGCUGAAGAGCACCCAGAUGGAGGUGGACCAGGUUAGGGGUGCCCUUGGGACCUUAAAGGGGGAGCAGCCAGACACUCUUCAGGCCCGAGUUCAACACCUAGAGAAGAUGCUUCUGAAAGUGGAUCAGGAGCGGGCUGACCAAAAUGCAGAAACCCAGCGUCAGGGACGGGAGCUAGCCUUCGUCAGAAAGGAGAAGAGGCAACUUGCCCGUGAACUACAUGCCGUCCGCUCCAAGGACAAACAUUUUAGAGCGAAGAUUGGCGAGCUGGAGACCAUCGUCCACAAGAUGACCAAGUGCUUCACCAAAUUUCAGGAUUUCAUCCAGCUGAAUGAACAGGAGUUCCUCCGUCUCAAACUCAAACACUUCUUAGACUUGAAGGAGUUCCAAGGUGAAAAUGUAACUCCACCUGGACUGGACUCCCUGAUCCCAUCAACUGUACUCGCUGAUCCUCAUCCCUCCACGCGGGACGCCCGCAACGCCCAGAUCAAGGCCCGGGACCAGGUCUCACAGAACCUUGGAGGACCACACAACGACAACGCCGUGGUGAGGAAGAGCUUUGAACAGGCCAAAGCCGCCCCCCAGCGAAUGAUAUGGGCCAGCGAGAUUGAGACAACAGACAGUGCACGUUCAGCUACUCCAGGUCACCUACGGUCACGUUCGGUGACCAUGACGAGGAACGCUUUGUACCCGUGGCGGCAGACUUCGGGUCGGAGGUCACCUGUUUACGCUCUUCUCACCUCUGAACCAGGACUAAGCUAACAGAUGCCACAAAAUCUUGAUUCCCAAGCAAGAUGAUAAUCAGGUCUCGUCUUGAAAAGAAAGUGAUGAAUGUAUACUUUUGCAAGACCUAAUUUAAAUAAAUUGUCUCUCCAUUC